CAUACAAACAGACACGCAGCUUGUAUGGUUGCCCUGUGAUUAUGUGACACCAUUUACGGUAGGGUGGCUAGGAGUUAACCUAGGACUGGGGGCUACUGGAGCCCAAACUCCUUCUGGAACGUGCCCAGUGACCAGUAUGUACAGCGGGCGCUAUAAUUGCAAAAAGUGAAAAAAUAUUACAAAGGCGGACCAAAGAACUGUUUAUAUUCAACGGAUGUUUUGAUCGUGAAUUCUGUUGGGUGACCGUGGUGGAAACCAGCGUUUUAUUUUCUCAGUUCUUUAAGAAUUUUGUCUCAAUUCAAGUUUUGUCCAACCAAUUGACACCAGUGACAUGAUGAAGGCUGCCGACGGCUGCAUGUUUGGAUUUUAGUCACGUACGGGAAAUACAGCACGCUUGUUGCGAUUGAUUUCACCGAAAGCACUCUUAAAGCCGACUUUAUACAACACAAGAAUGGCGAUGACGACACUUUGUAGGGCUUCAAGCUUUUUCGUACUCUGUCAGUUUGUUUUCUUCUUGAACUAUUUGUGUCUUGGCUCAGGCUUUUCCUUCAUUGAUCGACUGAAGACAGAAAAGAUUAUCAUAGAGCUAAACGGCACCACCAACUACUCAAUCAGCUGUCGCACAACAGAUCCAAAUGCCAAUACAACAUUGCUUCGUGGAAGCCAGGAGAUACUCGUUGGAGGCAGAGUUACACUUGAUAAGCAAGUCUUUACUAUUCAUGGUAUCUCGUUAAGUGAUCGUGGAGUUUACAAGUGUGAGGCCAGGGAUAGCUUGGGCACUGUUGAAAAACAUGAUGCUGUUAUCAUAUAUGAAAUUGUGAAAGAGGUCAUACCAUGCUGUCCAAAAGUGUCGCCAAGGAAAAAAGUUGUGGUUGCCGGUGCAAGUCUCAAUUUCACUUGUGUAGUUGAUCACAUGUCAAAGAGUCUUUCAAAGUACCUGUCAUUCAAGUGGUUUAAGAAUGUAAAUGGCACUUAUGUGAAAAUUCCUGACGAACAAACGCACCGAAAGAAUGGUAGCGCUUCAGUACUGAUGAUUAAAAAUGCACAAACUACAUUGCCAAAUGGCAUCUUGUACAAGUGUCAGACGGAUUACAGGGAAACGAUACGCAGUCACUAUUCACGUUUGGUAGUAUUUAGUGGUUAG